CACAAUGUCUGCUCUUACCAGCUUGCCUCUAUACGCCUACUCUCUUCCCGCAGCCUGGCUGCUACUCAUGGCUCCUGCGUUCCAGAAGAGAAGCCUACUCGUCGCUAGCAUGAAACUGGACAACGUAGCGCCGAGAAGCAACACCGCAAAGUACCUCGCGUCAGACAAGGUUGAUCCGGCGCUUAAAGCCAAGGUGGAGCGUCUCGAUGGCGCUCAUGCGAAUGGACUGGAGAGCUUCCCACUCUGGGGAAUCGCUGUCCUUUUUGGAGCUUAUGCCGGAAUCGACCAGUCGAUGCUGAACAAGGCUGCCAUGGUGUAUGUAACGUCAAGGCUUGCCUUCAAUUACCUGUACGCUGUCCAAACUACAGAGUUCCUGGGCAGAAUGAGGUCGCUUGUCUGGGCUGUUGGCGUCGGGGCUUCGCACUUCCUGUUUAUAACUGGCGCUCUGAAGCUCCACUCGAAGUGAUGGGUAUAAAAUCUCGGGAUUAGUACUAGAUCGGCGGUACAUAGGACGUUUGCUAUAAAGAGGGACAUUGUACCCCAACUAGCAGUACCGCACCAAUGCAGCUUCAAGUCCCGUUACCGGAAA